CCUGGGUCCUGAGGCUGGCUCCAGGCACAGAGACUCCUGGUGCGGCACUGUGCCUUGGAGUUUGGGUUUGGGGCAGAGGACAGACGCCCUGGGGUCGACCUGUGGGCAGGAGCCUUCAGGAUUGCAGCUGCUCCUCCACCAGGCUCCCAAGCCUCACUUCCGUCUGUGAGCUUUGGUGCCUUCAAACCCUGGGGCCUCUGUCAGCGUCUGACAAGUGCUUGAAAAUGCAGUGUUAGGUUCAUGCCCGCGAACGCCGCACACCCCGUCAGCACCCGGACCUGCAUGGCCCUCCACUUUCCCGCCAUUUCUCGGCAAAAGAACCAAAGGUCAAGGUUCAAGCAGCCCAGGCCAUCUGUCCGUCCUGCUGCUCUGCCUGGGACUGGCACCUGAAGCACCAGUGUGGCUUACGGCUGCUCUCUCCCGGCAGCAGCUCAUCUUCUGAAUUCUGAAGCGGCCAUCCAGUAGGGGCAGUGCCAUCAGGCACCAGCUGCCUUUGGAGGGGCUUCCCUGUGAGCAGCACAUUAGUUCGACGUGUGCCGUGCAGAGGCUGCAAGGCAGGCAGCAGCCCUGUGCCAUCCUGCCGGCAGGGCAAUGGCGAAUGCUGGCCCGGCCCUGAGCCGGAGGUUGCCCUGGGGCAGGAAGCAGCGCUGGGCGGUUUAAACUGUGUGAGGGAUAAGCCCAACGGUGAGGCUGACAGCCGGGCUCUCUAACUACCUGUUCCGAGGACAGGGCUGCUGGACAUCCUGCCCUGGAGGAGGGAGGGCUGUGCACCCAUUUUAUUGCUGCAGACGUUGAGAGACUUGAGGAAGAGGGGAGGGAGGGAGAAAGCUGUGCCGCGUCUCAAGGCUGUCCCGGCUCUGAACAGGCCUGCCAAACCGCCCCCCGCAGCGCCCAGGGGCUGGAGAAGGAAGCACUUUAAGAAACAGAGACUUCUGCAAGUAGAUCAGGUGUGUAGGAGGGGCGGCCCCAGCAGCCUCUGCAGCCCACCCACUGUGUGGAGGAGGAACCUCCUGCUGCCCAGCUCGUCCAGCUCGCCCACGCCCAAGCAGGCACAGCAGCGUCCCAGUCAUUUGCUCCCACUUUCCACCCUCAGGGCAUGGUCAGCAGCCCUGGCCGACGACGGCAGGGCCACAGGACCAUUGGCUUUCUGUGCCUUUGAUGAGGGCUCCCCUAGGGAUUCGGCCAGCUGGGGAGUCAGGAAGUUGAGCUGGUGAAGAUCAAGGCUGCGCUGGGGAGGUAAGAGAUGUCAGUGGCCAAUGGGGGACACAGAGCGCAGGCAGAGCUGCCCCCCUCAGAGCAGCCUGGAGCUGCUGGGUGCUCCCAGCAGGGGAUCUGAAGUCUCUGGUGCCUGCAGGGCGGAGCGGCCCUCACAGGACGCCAGCCCCUCUCCCACCCCCUCUCCCACCCCCUCUCCCCCGCCCUCCGCCUGCCCGGCUCCGUGGCUGGUGGUGUGGGAGGCGUGGGAGUGUGCGUGUGUGCACAUUUAAGUCCCAACUUGAAAGGAGGAAGAAAAGAAGCCCUGAUGCUUUGGACCAAAGCCGCAGCUAUUCAUAAUGGAUGGGCAGCCAUCAUGAAAGCGCUCUGUGAGGAGCUGCCCCGAGGGAGGGAGACGGGGCUGCGAGGUGGCAGCUUGAAAGGCCUUCCCUUCAGAGCAGGAAGAGGCAGGCCGGAACCUGCCACCACACAAGCACGCUCUCCCUCUUUUCUUCCCCGAAUCCCAUCUUGGCUGAGCCAUGGCAAAACUAAAUUAGAAAAACCUGCAGAGCCUUGGGAGUCCGAGUGGAGCCCAGGCCGAUCCAUCACCAGGAGCCUGCCCUCUAACCAGGCCUGCGUGGGGUCAACGUGCCAAGUCCACCUUCAACAUCACCCAGCAGUGGCCUCCUGACAGGGGUGACGGGCACAGCUGGGGUGCCCAGUGCCAGGCGUAUGUCGCUGGCUCUUAAAGGCUAGGCCAGGCUGAUCUAGGUGAUGCCAGUUCUGCAGGAUGGUGGCCAUUGCUGGGCAUCCAGAGCUAAGGCACUGGCCUGUUUAGACAGGUUCAAGGCAGGGCUGAGGGAACUGGAAGGAGAACGGGCUUCUUUCUCGCCCUUCUGUUUUAGAACCCUUGGAUCAGCACCCACGUUUCCCAUCCAGAGUCCUGAGAGAUCCUCUAUUAGAUGGCUUUCAUGCCUAGCCAGCAAGGGGAGAAGACACACUCUGGUAAUGCCACAGGUAGGGACAGGGGACGGAGGGUCCUCAGAUCAUCCCUAGGCCACCUGAACAACAGGAUUGAAGAUGGAAUGGCCAACACCUGAGGCUCUACGCAGGAGCACCAGGCUGUAGGCUAGCCUCUGUUUCCAAGGACAGCUGGAGGCCCAGGGUGUCUCCAGGACUGCUCCACAAUCAGAUGGUCUUGGUGGCAGCAGCUCCGCCCCAGAUCUGCAGGUGGAAGGCAUCUGAACCUGGAGCAGGCCUGCAGAGUGGGCUGUGCAGGGGUUCUCCUGAUGCCCAGGGCCAGCCCUGAGGGAGAUUCAUCUAUUUUCAGGACCUUGGCUUAAUUGCUCAGGUAGUGUGGUGAGGGGCGGAGACUGACGUUUUAGAGCUCACAGAUGAUUCUGACCUGUAGCUGGGCUUGCAUGUAAAUCACGCCAGAGUCCACAGGAUUAGGGAAUGCUAGAAAUCCCCACAGUUCUGAAGUUGGCCCAUAGGAAUCCAGAUUAGGCCAAGGAUCACCAUUUUUGAUAAAAAGGAUAGAAAGUUCACAAUUUCAUGUGGUUCAAACCAAUAGAUUAAGCUUGUGAGGUCCUCUGCUGUCCACUGCUCUUCUCUAUCUAGCAUCUGACUUAUAACUGGCCCGUAUCUUGCAUGGAUCCGAGAUAGCUAACCAUAGUAAAAAUCAUACACAGAGACAAAACAAUUGUAAAAUGUAGAAAAAAGAAAAAUUUAUUAAAAUUAGCAAUCAGGGUGCUAAUUAAUAUAACUGACUACUCAGAAUGCAUUUUUUAGGUUUGAAGACUCUAAGGCAAAAGUUACACUUAUCUUAGUGACUCUAGAGAUGAUGCCUGUUGGCUUUUAGGGACAGCACUACUUGUGGGCGGUGCUUGCACUGUGCAGAUACUGAUGAAGAGAGUCUGCCUCUGCUGAAGAGCAGUGACGGCCCCCCGCCCUCUCAGGCAGCCAUGGUGCCGUGGGGACAUCUUCAGGCCCACAGCCUCCCAGGUUCAGUGGGGCUGGGCAGUGGAGGUGGGUGGGGCGUACUGUCCAGGAAGCAGCGCACCUGCCCUCCCUGCUGCUCAGGCUCCCCGUGGGUACUGCCUGUGCCUCUGUUUUCUGGUGGCGUGAGCUUGGCUUGUGAUCACUGUCUGCGCACUGCCUUUCCUGGCCCCCUGUGCGUGAUAAGUGUGUGCAUGCUCAGCCCGAUAGGUGGCCUGCACUUCAGUUCCUGCCGAGCCUGCCCUGUGCCCCAGUGGAUUUGAAUCAGUUGAAGACAGUUGAUUCAUUCAUCACACUGUUGCCAAGAGCAGAUUAUGUGCCUGUCACUGUGCUAAUCACAGAAAUCACCAUCCUUGCUGGCAUGGAAUUCAGCAUCACUCGAAGAGACAGUGGGAAUGUCAGCAGACACUUGUCAGUACCUGGUAUGAAGUGUAGCAGAAGCACAGAGAAGACAGACUGGGCCUGAGCAGGAGGCAUCAGUGUGCCACUAGGAAGGGCCAGUGACUUUUCUUAGAUGGAUGGUACCAGGGCUCAGUUUGCAAAGAUGAGUGAAGACACGGACAAGACAGGGUGGGCGGAGGCGCUGCCUGGGCAGCUGCGUGGUGGCCAUGAGGAGCCAGUGGGCAGCACACUAACAGGAGUUUCAGGGGCAGGGCUGGAGGUGCUGUGGACAGACGGUGUGUGGACGGGGAUGUGGCCAGGAGGGGCACAAAGCACUGUGUUCUGAUACAGUUCUGCAUAUUCUUUGUUUUUUCUGUCAGGGUGUGAGUGCCAAGUCUAUGCCGAGCCUGGGAUGGGGACUGCCUGCAGCUCCACAGCUAUUUUUAUCAGCCUUAAACAUUUGCCAGGCUGUUGUCAUUUCCUUCCACUCCCAGCUAAGUUUAGCUCAGCUCCAUCCUCCAGGAUGCUUCAGGCAGGAUCCCCGUGGGCAGGGGCAGCCCUCUGCCACCAGAGGCCUCCGCCCUGCCCGGUUCCUGUGAACCCCUACAAGCUGAAGAAAGGAAAGGUAGCACCAAGCCCUUUUCCUUCCAGGCUCCAGUCUGCCUCUUCCUGAGGCCCCAGGGCUGUGCUAACUGUGUGGAGAUGGGGCAGUUCAAUCCGUGCAGGGCUGUGUGCUGUGGAAGGCACGGAAGACCACUGUCUGUCACUCAAACUCGCAGGGUGAGCAGAGCAGGUGCAGAGGGAAGGAGAUGGACGGCCCCGUGUUGCAUGCACUCCGGUGGGAGCUGAACACAGUCGUGGAGCCGUGGAGAGGCUGCCGAUGGCACAGGCUGUGCGGGCACCUCACUGUGCUCUGCCUGGGCUGGGGAGGCCAGCAUGGCAGGAGCCUCCCCUGCACCGGGGACCUGGCCCUGUUGUCUGCUGCCUGCACGUCUCUCUUGGCAGCACUGAGGAGAUGGCCUUGUAAUCACUGCUGUAAGUGUUAUUAAUGACAGCAGCUGUGACAAUGAGCCGAGCCCAGUGCUCUGGCUUUGAUGUCAACAGGGAAGAGAGGUUUUCAUUUGCUUCAAAUGGAAACAGAUGCAUGGAGGCAGAGCCAGCAUGAGGCAGAAAGUGGAGAUGGGUUUCAGGGGCUUCGGCGGCCCCCUCCCCACGAGCCUCCGUCAGACAGACUUUCCCUCACUGAUGAGCAGGCAGCCUGGUCUCCAUGGGCAUCCCUCUUUCCCCCAAACCUACACUCCUGCUUCCACAGAGCCUGGUGUCCUUUCAGAGAAGGGACAGGAAGGUGUCAAAUGUCCCAGGCUUCAAAGCUCUGCCUUCCAGGCACUGCCACAAAUCAAACAGGGCGAUUUCAAAGGCAGAGGGAGCGCUUACUUGCCUCCGCCUCAUGCUGAGGCUCCCAGCAGGGGGCCCAGUGCAGGUCCAUCCAUAGCCAGGAGCCUCUGUCCCUGCACGCACACAACUCUGUGCUUGACAGACAGCUCCACUGCAGCAGGACCACAUCUGUCUGGCCACUAUAAAUCUCCGUGGCACUUGCGCCCUGCCCUGAGUGGAUCUUGAAAAUGCCGUCUACAAGCACUUCUGAAGGUCGCCAGCCAGGUGGCAGGUCCUUGAGGCCCAGGGCCCAGGGGAGCUGUGCUGGGUGCUCUGGGAAGGUAAAGAUGUGCAGGGGCCUCUGGCUCUGCCUCCUCAUGGCCCAGGCGCUCACCUGGCCGCUCUCAGUUGUGCUGGCCUGAGGCUCUCUGCCUCCCUGCCCUCCAGGGCCCAGCGAGCUCCCCAUUGAUCUAAAUGAUUCCUUCCUCACUGCCCUUGACUCCCCUGCUCCCGAGAGCCCCUGCUCCGUUCUCAGCCUCUGGCACGGGGACCUACUCCCUCCCGCCCUCUGCCCACCUUUCUCCCCCUGGCUCUUUUUGUAGGAGGAGGUUCCGGUUGUCCUUGUUUCCAGUGCUGCUGCCCUUUCCUUAGGCCUGACUUCCGCUCUGCUCCUCCCAGCCAGACUGGCUGCCUCUCGAGGGCACCCAGACUCCAGACUCUGGAUCCAGGCUGCAUGGUUUGAAUAGGGCACAGAUUCAGGCGAAUCAAUCUUGUCCCCUCAUUUCCUCUUUGAAAUAGAAUCACAGUUUCUACCCAGCAUCCUGUCCUUGAGGGGAUUCAGAUCAGUAAGUGCAAGGGGCUUUAACGCCAGGGGGCAUGAGAGCACAGAGCUCAUGGCCCUUGUCCUGGUGGGGGAGACGUCAGAGGCGAGCAGAGGACCCUCCUGGGGCUCUAGGUGGUCCUGAGUCCCAGGCUGUGGUGGAAGCCAGAGGUGGUGUCUGAGCAGGUGGAGGGUCACCACUGUGGGAGCCGCUGCUGGUGGCUCCAGGUGUGCUCUAGCAUGGCCGCGGGCACUGCAAUUCCACUGGCCAGUGUGAGGCGGCGACUCCCCUGAAUCUCCACCUCGAAGAAGAGGCUACGGGGCAUUUUUCCUCAGAGAUGGAGGGAGCUGCUCUGCGAGCAGUCAGGUUAAAGCACUGAAGUCCCUGCAGGCAGAAAGGCAGAGGGUCCAAACACUGUUUGAACUAUUGAUCAAACUCAGUGCUGUAUCUAUGCCUGUCAUCCAUUUUUAUUAGCUACCAAGACAUUUGACAUAAAAUACUUAGUCUCAAGAUCAAAACCAAAAUGGUCACAAUUUUAAUCAGACCAUCUCACAGGGAAUUAGGCUGUGCAAACAGAGGCAGUCUGGGUGGGGGCAAGGAUCCUGGAGUCAGAAUUUGGCCUCACCACACUAAGCACAGUCCUUGGGGAUCUCCUGGCUGGAGGAGGUCUUGGGCUCAGCUGGGGCAGGAGGGAGCUGUGCCUCUUUUUUUUAGCACUGGGGGAUCCCUGAGCUUUUUCUCUAAGGAAAUCUUACAAAACCUCACAUGCAGAAACAGCAUGGGCGCAGCCUCUGCCUGCUCCCUCCUCCCUCUGCAGCCUCCCGGUCCUCCCUGCCCUGCUGGCUGUGCAGGGCCCCAGACACCAGCUCCCCGCAGGCACGUGCUGGCCCAGAGGUCUGAAGUCUCCCGCGAGGCUCACGCAGGCCUGGUUCUAGUGCGUCCCUAUCCUGCAUUUCAAAGCCGAGCACCCCUUCCGAGUUUCAUUCAAGCACAUUUCAGGGCCCCUGUGGUAGAUGGAGGCAGGGCCUCAUUCCUCUCUUUGUGCCCAAAGCUCCAGUGGGGACAUGAGGCUGGAGCCGUGGCUGGAGCCACUCUUCCUCAUGGUGGUCUUGACGCUCAUGGGACAGGACCUCCUUCUUCCACUCUCCCAGUCAGCCUCUGCUUCAACUCCAGCCCGUCCUGGGGGCCGCUGGGUGACUCCCGAGUGACGCACAUCCUGGUUCCCACGGCUGCUGGCCAAGGCCACAGGGCCAGAGGACCACAACUUCUUCCCCAAGUCCCUGAGGGCUGGGCCUGGCUGAAACGGGAUGUCUGCGCGGCAGGUCCAGAGCCACCGUUGUCAGCCAUGCUGACUGAACCCAUGAGGUCUGUGGGGAGAACUGGUCGGCGCUCCUGUGGACAGGGGGCAGUGACCAUGUGCUCCCUUGUCCUCCAUCUCCACUCUCCUCUUCUCCUCGGGCCUAUCUGGGGGAGCUGUGCCACAGCGGGGGCCUGUCGUCAAGGCACCGGUGGCCUGAGUCCCUUCACGACCAGCCCAUCACCAGCAACCUGGCGGGCAGCCGACACUUCUGAAAUGAGAGGCACAGGCGUGGUGCCUACCGAUCUGCCCAGGGCUGCACGUCUGCCCCUGGGGACUACUUGCCGGCUGUGUUCAUUGCCCAAACGCGGGUUUGGAGGAGGAAGUGGGGCACCAUGACGCGGCCCGAACUGUUCUCACAGAGCCCAAAGCCACGGCCCCUUCCCGCCCCUGGACCUCCCUGGCAUCCCAGCGUCCAGCAGCCUCACAGUGGCCGUCCCUCCCGCUGCACUGCAAGGGUUUUCAGUAGGCCCCACGGGCUCUCACCUGGGCCGUCUCAGCUGUCCUGUCAUUCACGGUUACUCAGAUGUCCCUGGAGAGCUGCAGUUCGUGCUGUUUGGUAAGUGGCAUGCAGGCAAACAGCAAAACCAGGAACAGUUUCCCUCAGACUCUGAGACCAUGUCCCCUGCUCGCUCGGGGAGCGUUUGGGCAAGUGCCUCACCGCCCCUCGUGCCUGCACCUCCCCGCCCCUCGCGCCUGCACCUCCCCUGCGCACCAGUCACUGUGUCCGUGGGUUUGCAGCAGAAACGUUCCUCGUGGACAUUCUUCUUAAAAUCCAACUUGUCUCAGAAAGCUUUCUUUCAGAUAAAACACAAAUCCAGGUUACUUUUCAAUCUAGGACAAUCUAGAAGAACAAAGUAUUUUUCCCACAAACGGUUUCACCGAAUUUUGCCAUUGUCAACACUGUGAUGUCUGAAUCUGGGUUGGGCACGACGGCUCCAACUGCCCCCAGGGGGUGCACUGGAUCACGGCUGGGGUGCAGGUGCACUCGAGUUAAGUCUGACACAGAAGAAAGGUGGGCAGCACGUUCCUGAGCUGUUUCCAGCAGUUUGUCCCUGUGACUGUGCCCACCUGCUGUGGUCACCUGCAGCUUGUGGAAGUGCCCAAAGGGCAGCCUGUUGGUCACCCAGUGCAUCUGCUGAGCCCAGGGGGGCUCGGGGGCUUCAUCUUCACAGUGCCCUGUGGCUUUCUUGUGGAAACCUUGGAUUAAAUAAAUAAAAUGCACAGAAAACAAAAAUCUAAACAUGCCUAUUAAUUCAGAGAACAUGCAUUUUUACUGUGCUCUAAUAAUUUUUGGAAAACCCAAGUUGGGUAAACUCUGCACAAUACAGAGGCACACACAUGGGCACACCCACCUGAGGAAUUGAAGACAGAAGAGGACAGGGAACACAGGGAUUACAGAAGAUGCCCCGUGGUGACUUAUGGAUUCAACACCAAACCACAUUAGAGACAUGUUUGCCCAUGGUCUCCACGGGUCCCAGGAAGAAGGAAUGUGGGCACGUGUGGAGGGUGGGGGAGCGGUCUUCUGAACCCAGCUGAAGCUGUGCCCUGGCCUCCUUUCAGCCCACACCCUCACUUUGGGGAGGGAGUGAGGAAACAGGCACAGUGCUCUCCCUCCCACCGGCACUCCCAGGCUCUGGCGGCCACAGGAGGUCGCGGGAGGAUCUCUUGGAAACUCCACACCAGCAUGCCUGCAUUUGUUCUGGACACUGGCAGAGAGGUCUGCUUGGCAGAGGCCCCUUGGUGCUUCUUGGAUGGCCUCUACGACCUGAUUUAAGCAGGCACGAUCGGAAGGCCUGAACACGCCGCACACCCAGCCUGGGACCCGGGCUUGGCUGCUGUCACCAGGGUGUGCCUGUUAGGACUUCGAGGGCAGGCGGUGGCCGCUAACUGCCUCACCAGAUUGAUUCUGACUCACUCACUUCAAAAUGAAAAUUGAAAUGCUUUUGCCUUU